UGGGCAGGUUAGUGUGUAACAGGUAGCUUAGGAAUAUGAGGCUUACGGUGAUAGGAAGUGCUUUGGCAAUUUGUCUAUUCUUCGGUGCGACGUAUGCAAGCGAAGUUGCUCGCUAUGAUAACUACAGAGUGUACGAAGUUAUCCCCACGUCCGAGAACCAGCUGAAGCUGCUGAAUGAGCUGAAGCAGUCUAGUGAUAGUUUGAUUUUCCUGGAAAGCGGUAGCCAUGCCGGUGCGAAGUUCAACAUCGUUGUGGCACCACAUAAGUUGGCCGAUUUUACGGAAGCUCUCCUGAACGAAGGAAUCAACGCUCGAAUUGUGGAUAAGAACAUGCAGAGGUCGAUCGAUCAGGAAAGGAAUCGUAUGAAGUCCAGGCGUACGAAGGGUGUAUUUGACUUCCAGGAUUAUCAUGAGCUAGAUGAUAUUCACGCUUGGUUGGACAAAUUGGCUACUGAGUACGAACAAGUAGAGGUCGUUGAAGGUGGACAUUCGUUCGAGAACCGAUCGAUCAAGGGAGUCAAAGUUUCGUACAAAUCGGGUAAUCCAGGUGUCUUCAUUGAAGGUGGUAUACAUGCUCGUGAAUGGAUUUCUCCUGCUACGGUCACAUACAUUCUUAAUGAAUUGCUCACCAGUCAAGAUCCGAAGGUGCGAGGAAUUGCCGAAAACUAUGAUUGGUAUUUCUUCCCGAGCGUCAACCCUGAUGGUUACGUCUACACCCACAAGAAAGAUCGUCUUUGGAGAAAAACUCGUACUCCAUAUUCAGGAGGUUGUUUCGGGGCUGAUCCUAACCGCAACUGGGACUUCCAUUGGGCGGAACAGGGAACAAGCAAUCGCUGCCAAGCCGAUACCUAUGGAGGACCUUACGCAUUCUCUGAAGUCGAAACAAAAACCCUGUCGCAGUACGUUGCAUCGUUGAAGGGCAAGAUACAAGCCUACAUCUCAUUCCACUCAUAUUCCCAGCUUCUUCUGUUCCCUUACGGACAUACCGGUGCACAUACUCCAAAUCACAACGACCUGAACGAAAUUGCCAAAGCCACGGUCACAUCCUUGGCGAAGCGGUAUGGAACCAAGUACAAGUACGGUAACAUCUACGAUGCCAUCUACCCGGCGAGCGGUGCCAGUGUUGAUUGGGCCUACGGAACAUUGGGAGUGAAAAUCGCCUACACGUAUGAGUUGCGACCUGGCAGUAACUCGUGGAAUGGAUUCGUUCUGCCAGCCAGUAAGAUUGUUCCAACCGGAGAGGAGACCCUCGAUUCGCUGGUGACGUUACUGGAGGAAUCCGAGAGGAGGGGAUACUAUGAAAACUGCAAAGACUGUUGAGUGCGGUAUUUACCGAAAUGAUAAAACGGUAUCUGACUGGAGCACGGGGAGGAAUGGCUUAUAAAGUAAUAAAAAGCAAAGGUGCUACUUGAAAAAUAAUGCAUAAUACUGUUUAUUUGUUCGAUCUAAUUAUCGUUUUGAAGUGGUUUCCGUUAUUGUGGCGAAGGGGAACUGGGUUUAAGGUGGACACCCUUAGGAUUUUUCUGUUAAUACCAGAUUUUUUUUACGGUAUUUCACAUUUGACAGCUCCCGUACCAAGUUGUUUAUUCUGAAAUGCAUCAAAUAUCGUAUGCUAGUAGUGACUGUGGCAAAACCC